AGCUUUUGGGAUCAAGUGGAAAGAGGGACACAGUCUAGUCAGUCAUAUGAACUCGGGACUGGUUCAGUCACAAUGAGAAAUCUUAUUCUAAACUGGACAUUUCUCUUUAUUUUACAUCUGACCAAAGAGGACGCUUCAGUGCAAAAGCUGAGUGCCCCAGAAAAGCACUUUCUUGUCCUGAUGUGUUCUGACGCUUCAUAUGUUGACUGGAGCCAUGGGCUGGAAAAGGUGAUCGCUUCUAAACGAGGAAAGCUGGUGUCUUACCUGGACCAAAGCAAACACCAGCUGCUUGAAGACGGCCAGCUCUCCAUUAAAGGCCUGCAGGAAUCAGACGCAGGAGAAUAUUACUGCAACCAUCAGCUAGUGGCAGAUAUCACUGUGCUCAAAGGUCAUAACUUUACAGUUGCUGAGGGCACAACUAUUUAUCUGCCAUGUAAGACAUCUGAUAAAAUGAAGCAGAGAUGGGCAUUCAAACGCACUCCUCAGUCCAGAAAAGAGUUCAUCUCCACACUUUAUAAAAACAGCACCAUAAAGAAAGAGAGAGCUGAUCCAACAUUAAGAUUCACCCACACCACAGACCACCUGAUUAUCUCCAGUCUCCAGCUGCAGGACUCUGGGCUUUAUCUGUGCAACAACAGAGAGAUGGCUUUCCUCACGGUGACCACAGCAUCGACUGAAAUUGAAAACAGCAGUCCAGAUAUAAACAAAUAUCUGACUGUGGCCGUCCUGCUGGCCUUGUGCAUACUGGCGAUGGUUUGUGUUGGACUUCUGUCUGUGACGAUCGGCUGGAAAAGCAGAAGAAGGAGAAGAAACUUCAGAAAAGAAACAGAGCUGACAAAUAUUGCAUCUGGUCAACAAUUACAAAGCAUGUCAAAUGAAGGCCCCUGGAUGCUGGACCCUCAGGAGGAUGCAGGGGAAAUCCAGUACGCGUCUCUGGGUGUGCAGCACUGGAGACAGACAGACAGACAGCUGAGCAGCAGACAGCAUGUCAUUUACUCCACACUGACCCCGUCAUGAAAACAACACACUCAUUUACACUGGAUACCUGUUCAAUAUGAGAUAUGUUCAUAUAAACCGAAUACAUUCAAAAACACCUUAUAUAGAAACUGAGUCUUAGCUUUAUUGUCAUCCUACAAAAGCUUAUAUAUAAUCAAACAAAUGAAAAACAAACCAUAGAAUAUAGUUAUAUAACACAUGUAAUAUGACUACUUUAGCUGUGAAACUUGAAAUUAUUAGGAAAGGGGAUCUGCAAAGAUUCAUAAAACAUAGGCACAUUUAGGUACAUUGGGGCGCAUUCCCUUCAAAAACAAAGCUAAACCACAGCAGCUCAGAUGUCAGGAGUAAAUGAGACUGCUAUGUUCAUUAUAAGAUCCACCAACAGAACACCUUGAUUAUUAGGAGUCAUUCUUUCAUAUUGUCUUCCCCUGCACACAAUGUACAGACACUUUUAUGACCCCUUUAAACCAACUACAUGUAGCCUUGGUGAACAAAAUAGACUUCUUUCAGAAAUAUUACAAAUAGUUCCAACCCCAAACUUUUGAAUGGUAUUGUAUAAAUGAUUUUAUAUGGAUUUCUCCCACAGGCUUGGCAUAGGUUCAGAGUAUAGAUGUUGGUAUAGUAGACUUGUUAAACUCUCUCUGUUAAUAUGAAUCUGGUUAAAUGUGGUGAAAUCAGGACGUGUGGUUGUUUAUAGCUGCGUAUAUCACAUUGACUGGAGCAGGAGCCGCGGCUCUGGACCGUCUGAGGAACCGGAGACUGGAAUACUGUACUUGUGCUGCCUGGAAAACAACAGCAUCUUCCUGCGUUAGUGAAUCAGUAUUAAUGUCAAUCUCAGAGCACAAAACAACACAAACGACUGACUACACAGACAAACAGGAGAACCAAGGUUCCUUUCGUAGGUAUGCCACUUCUUCGUGGUAUUCUUAUCCUUGUUUUUACGUCGAUCGUGCCUCAUAUUCUGAGUUUGUAGUUCUCUAAUGCCAAGGUCUCCAUUUUUUUGUGCUUAUAGAAUUUUAGUUAUGCCAUUCUUAUGCUACUUUUUUGCAUAUAUGCCAUUUUUUUAAGAAUCCAAGUCCAUCCCACCUUGACAUUUGAGUUUUCUGUCACGCAGCUGAUGCAACAGACCCUGGAAGAACCUAAAAGAAAAACACAAGCCAAAUGAUGCACAGCGCUGUGUGGUGUAUCCUGCAUUUCAGUCCAGUUUGAUUUGGGGCUUCAUGCUGUUUUAAAGGGGUCAUGAACUGAGAAAUUCAAAUUUCUUUGAUAUUUAGGCAAAUAAGAGGUUGCUAUACUAUAAAACAUUUUGUUAAUCUAAAAAUAGCUUAUAUUGAAGGGGUCUGCCAAAACCACAGCUUAUGGAAUCUUCUACUCCAUGAUGUAAUAGUUUGGAUAAGCACCGCCUCCUCCUCAGAAGCACUGCCUGUUUAGCCCCGCCCACCAGUUCAUGCAUGUAGAGUAAAUAAUGCUAAUAAUAAACAAGCUGUGGAAAAACA